GUCGCCGGUCUCGUCGUGCCGGUGGGGGUGGUGGUGGGGGUCGGUCGGUCGGCCUGCGGUUGCCGCAACUUGUUGCAGUGGCGAGGAGGAGGGCGGCAGAGCGGUCCACGGGGGCAGACGCGCGGAGCCUGGUGGUGCUGGGGUGCUGCAGGCCUGACCGUGAUGGCCUAUUUGGAGGUGAAGGGCCUCCCCGCCGUCCCUGCGGACGACAGAGUGGUGAUGAUGAAGCUUCAGAAGUACUUCCAGAGCAAGAAGCUGUCAGGUGGCGGGGAAUGCGAAGAGCUGGCGCUGCUGCCCGGUGGCCGGGCACGACUUCUCUUCAAGCAGGAGGGCGUGCUGGAGCGGGUGCUGAAUGUGCAGAAGCACGUCCUGGAGAUCAACCAUCAGCAGUGUGAGCUGGAGGUGUCUCGCUCCGAUGGAGAAGUCAAGGAGUCUCCUCUGAGAGUAGGAGGCACCACACCGACGAGAGUCACCGGACGCGACACGGGAAGGCCCGAUGGAACUCUUGGACAAAGUCCUGCCAAGACAGUGACUGCAGCGCUGCCAGUCGCAUCACAGGGGGGAAAGGAAGAGGAUCCUGAGGGUAACCCGACCAUUAGAGUCGACAAGGUGGACUCCCUGGACUCGACCACUGUGGCUCUGUACUUUGAAAACGAGCAACGAUCUGGAGGAGGAGAGGUCACAAAGGUGGAGGAGAGGGAACAGUACUGGAUCAUUACUUUUGCAGAUCCAGCAGUUGCUGGGCGAGUCCUGUCACGCCCCAAACACACGUUUUCCGAAAAGCCGCUGGUGUGCUCGGAGUUUGUGGAGAAGCCCCGAGUGGAGCACGUGGUCCAAGUGCUGGAGCCUGAUCCACGCAGGGUGCUGCUGCGAGGCUUAGCGCAGCAUGCGGAUAGCAGCCUCCUCAACCUCUACGUGGAGACCUGCAGUGGCACCGAUCACUUUUGCAUCAACUAUACCGACGAUGACUCAUGCAGAGUGGUAUCGUUCUCCUCCGACACAGACACACAAGCCGUCAUAGGCCGCUGUGGCAUGAAGCCCUUAUCCGGUAUGAGUAUCAAGGCGGAGCAGCUGCCGCUCACCAGCAGCAUGCUGCUGGAGGAUCUGCCUGAGGGCGUGAGCAGGGACUACCUGGAGCUCUACCUGGAGAGCAGGAGUGGGCCUGCCGUCAAAGUGAAAGAGGUGGAGUUCAGGGCUGGAUGCAGCGCGGCUGUCGUCCGUCUCCAGAGCAAUGAGGAUGUUGAGAAAGUGUUGAAGAGCGAGCUGCGUUUGAAAGAGAUGAUCGUCACAGCACACCGCUAUUACGAGGCGCAUGGGUUGGCGCUGCUUUCCUGGGAUGAAGGGAGCUUCAAGGCACCUGAGCCUCAGCGCCUAAAAGUAGAUCCCGUGCUGAUGGAGUUCAUUACAGCGCGACCAGAGCAAUCUCAGCAGCUGCAAGAGUUUCUAAAUAAUCACAUGGCCACCUUCAAGUGGCCAAGUGGGGCCACGCAGGACGUCAUGAAGGUUUCACCUGCCUUUGCCGAAAGCCAAAAAGCCAAUUUCAUGCUGAAAAGCAAAUGGUCAAAAUCCAUCUCCAAUGACUUUACUAAUUUUUUUGAAAGUUAUAUGCAUUACUCUGAAACCAUCCAUGCGAAUGUAUUUGAUGAACUUGUGGCAAAGCUUUCUACAGGUCAGAAAAAUUGUGUGCAGAUUAUACCGGACAAACAACAAUCUAAGAUAAGCAUAAUCGGUCAGAAAGUGGAUGUAGAACAUGUUGUUAAGGACCUUAAAAAAAUAAAACAAUUACGACGGGGGGAAGUGAAUGUCAAACAAACACUUGUUCAUUUGAUGCCCAACUUUAAAAAGCGUUUGCAGAAUGACUUUCCUGAAGUAGAUUUUCACGUUAAUGUCAAAAAGAGGUUGAUCACCGUGGAAGGCCCAAAGGAUGACUCCUUAGCAGCUGAGAGCAAAAUCCUGCAAAUGAUGCUGCAGUGCAGUGAGAAGCCCUGGUUAAUCUCUGAAGAACUUAAAGCCUUUGUGUUACAGCUGAACCGUGAUGCUUUCAUAAAAAAUACCUUCAGCCAAAAUGGCGUAGAUGCAUCCAUCUCAGAAAGGGGAAAUGACAUCAUGAUUGUUGGUGCGAGUGAAGAUGAUCUGAGCAAAGCAGAGGAUCUUCUGAACAUGACCUUUGUGGAGGUGAAAGUGAAGGCAAUGAAAGGGUUUGACAUGAAGCAGAAUGUAAAGGAGUGGGAAGAAUUCCAGAAAGAGCUGACAGCAUCUCAAGAAUGUAGUGAAAUCGAAACUGACGCCAAGUUCCAAAUGAAGUGGACCAGUGGGAGUGAGGUACUCAUAACUGGCUAUAAAGAUGUUAUCCAGCGUGUUGCUAAACAAGUAGAAGAGUUAAUGGACAUGAAUGCAGCACUUGAAUUUUUUAUUGCCAUAAAAUCUAAGGGAGUCCUACAAUACCUCAAAACACAUGGGGACAUGGAAAGCAUGCUGCCAAAUGGCACUAAAAUAGAACUAGACAAUGAUAGAAAUGGCUUUACAAUCGCCACACAAACAAAACACAAAGAUGGAAUUAUAGAACUGAUAGGAGACAUGUCCAAAAACAUCAAGUGUCAAGAGAGGACCAUUCAAAAGCCAGGUUGUGCCAGCUUUUUGCACGGGCGAGGCAAACUUUUUUUGGGAGUGUUGGAGUCGACAGAGAAGUGCAUAAUCCUCCUCAACCAGCCGCGAGAUCACGAGGACACGGCACCUCAGAAAAACGCCAAGGCUCAUGUGGUUUGUGAAACCUCCUUGUGCGGAAUAACGGUGUCGGUACUGAAGGGACACCUACAGUAUCACCCUGUAGAUGUGGUGGUCAAUGCUGCCAAUGGGGACUUGCGGCAUGUCGGUGGGCUGGCAAAGGACCUGCUGAAAGCAGGUGGGCAAGACCUUCAGGAUGAAAGCAACAGGAAGGUGAGGCUUAAUGAUGGUCCUUUCCAGGAAGGUCAGGCAGUGAUGACGGGACCAGGGAGCCUGCCGUGCAGGGCCGUGAUUCAUGCCAUUGGCCCUCGAUGGGAUGCCUCUCGGUCUCGUAAUAAAAAGGCGCUGCUGAAGGAAGCUGUGGAGCUUAGUCUCUUGCUUGCAGCGCAAAAUAACUUUACAUCUAUUGCCAUACCGGCCAUAAGUUCUGGAAUCUUUGGAUUCCCUUUGCCCCUGUGCUGUAGCACAAUCAUGUCGGCUGUUCGAGAUUUUUGUGAAGAUCCUGCACAUCGCCCGACCUCCCUCGUGUCCAUCCAGCUGAUUAACAAUGACAGUGUCACAGUGGAUCAAAUGCAGCUGGCCUUCGAAAACACAUUUGAGCAGCAGGACCGUGCCGUUGCCGGAUCGUCAUUUUCCCAGCAUGGAACCAACGCCUCCCACGUGACGAACUCAUUUGAGCCUGGGAGAUGGCGCAGCAGUGAAAGUCAGGACAGAAGUGUCAAAGAGAAAGCCCGGACUAGUCCACCGCAGAGAAAAGAGGAAACUGCUAAAUUACAAACGUUCAAAAAGACAACACAACCACCCAACCCCAAUGAAUACCACACACAAGAGGGCCUGCAGAUACAUCUGGUCAAGGGGAAUCUGGAAGAGGAAGAAGUGGACGUCAUUGUGAACACGGUUGCCAAUGACCUGGACUUGACCAGAGGAGCAGUUUCUGCAGCUCUUCUUAGGAAAGCUGGCCCACGGCUGCAGGAGCUCACGAAUGAUGGAUCAGGAGGAGGGUCCCUGGGAGUUGGAAACGUCUUGAGAGUGAAAACCAAGGGCUGCAAGUUGGCGUGUAGAGAGAUCUACCACACUGUGUGUUGUAGCUGGAAAGAAGGUGGAGGAACUGAGAAGGUUUUGAGCGAAAUCGUGUCAACUUGCCUGAAGAUGGCUCAAUCAUCAAACCACCAAAGCAUCUCCUUUCCGGCCAUCGGCACUGGCAACUUGAACUUUCCCAAGCCCAUCACGGCCAAGUUAAUGCUCGAUGAAUUUGUGGAGUUCAGCAAACAGAACCCUACCACUCGGCUUCAGAAUGUUCGGCUAAUGGUGUAUGGGAAGGAUGAUGCAACAUUCGCAGCUUUCCACAACGAACUUCAGAAGCUAAGAACAGCAGAAAAUGAGAGAAGAGGAGCAACAGGAGAGGACGAUGCUAGAGGAGGAGGAGGAGGAAGCGAAGAAGAAGUGAAAGGCAGUGGCAGAGGAGAAGAUGAAGAAGAAUUUGAAAUCAUCGACGGGAGGAGAGGAGGUGCUCGGGGAGGGAGCGAUGCUUCGCCUUCGUUCACAAAAGAACCCCAAGGAAAUGAUGGUUUUUACUCUGAGUUGAAGGAGGAGGGUCUGGGGACGCUGCAGAUGAAGUUUGGAAAGGUGGUGGUGGUGGUGAAGCAGGGAAACAUCGUGCAGGAACGCACGGAUGCCAUCGUGAACUCUACUGACAACAAUUUCAGCCAUGGCUCAGGCGUCUCUGCUGUGAUCAUGAAAGCUGCUGGCCCACGUAUCCAAUCUCUCUGCAAUAAAGCAGUUAUCAAUGAGGGUUUUGCAGUGACUGACUCUGGGGAUCUUCCUUGCAAGAGGAUUGUUCACGUUGUAUUCAACAAUUCCAUGGAAGAACUCGGCCAGGUCUUGUUCAAUGCCCUGGGUCAUUGCGACGAUCUGGGCAUGAUUUCCAUCUCUGUACCGGCUCUAGGAACAGGUGGUGGGCGCCUUUCGCCCCGAGACUCUGCCUCGGCCAUCUUGGAUGCGGUGGCCGAGUUUUCAGUUCAGAAGGGACCCAAGAAACUGCGAUGUGUCAGAGUCAUCAUUUUCGAGGUGGACAUGCUUCAGGAUUUCUACCGUGAGCUGCAGGACCGACUGAAGAAACCCGGUCCUCAGCAAAGAGGAUUGUUAUCAAGGUGGACAAGAACAUUAAAAUCAUAUUUUAGUGUUGGAAGUGAACUGCAGGAGCAAGAUAACCACACUGCUCAGACGAACAUGGGGAUUAAGCAAGUCCACAUCCAGGUUUACUCAGCUUCAGACAAGAUCAACAGCAAGGUCCUUGAUGAGAUCGAUGAUAAGCUGACGACCGAAGGAUGCAACAAGCAAAUCAGCGAUGAAAUAAUUGCAGAGUUUGGAGAGGAGGAGCACGAGGCCAUAUCUUUACUAAAAGAUCAAAACCAAGUGCUGAUACAUUUUACUGCACAAGACACAAUCAGCGUCGAAGGCAACAUCACUGACGUGAGCCAAGUCAUAAUCAAGCUCCACCAAAUGGUGAAUGACACGAGGAAGAGGAGGGAUCGUGCUCAGCAGGAGGAGAUGCUGGCAAAGAACGUGCAGUGGAUGUUCCUCCGAGACGAGCAGUACAUUGCCUUCAACCCAAAGCACAAUGCUCUGAUUGAGGAGGCGUCAAAGAAGAACCAGGGUGUGAUUUCCAUAGCAGAGGACAAGCAUGAAGGUCAUGUCAGUGUCGCUGAAAAAGUGUACAAAACCAAGGAUGGAAAAACUCUCCAAAUUAAGAGAAAGAAGGCCGAAGACGUUAUUCCCAUUGAGUGGGUGGACGCGAGUGACUUGGGACAGGACCGCGUUAUAUCUGUGCCACUGGAUUCCACGUCACAUAAGUAUCGGAGCAUUGCAAAUGACUUCACACAAUCUCUGGGAAACCUCUCCAAGCAGCCCGGCUUUCAGAUUGAAGAGAUAACUCAAAUUCAGAACCAUUCGCUAUGGCAACUGUACAUGACAAAGAAGAAAGAGAUGGAUAAGGCAAACAAACCCAACACCCAGCUAAAUGAAAGAAUUCUCUUCCAUGGAACUGCACUUGCCACGUGUAAUAAAAUCAACACAAAUGGAUUCAACAGAAGCUACUGUGGAAAAAAUGCCACGUGCUAUGGGAAUGGAGUGUACUUUGCCGUCAGUGCUAACUACUCGGCACAGCCGACAUAUUCACCAGCCGAGAACGAUGGCAGCAAAUAUAUGUACCGGGCACGUGUGCUGACAGGUGACUUCACGACGGGGAAACAGGGAAUGAUCGAACCUCCACCCAAGGGCCAGCAGAACUCUGUGCUGUACGACAGCGUGACGAACAAUAUGAACAACCCAGCUAUGUUCGUCAUCUUUAAUGAUAACCAGGCCUACCCCGAACAUCUCAUAAAAUUCAAAUUGUAAUGAAGGAGAUUGGCUACCGUGUGUUGGUCACCUGAAUAUGCAUGACUUAAUUUACCUUUGCUUGACUAAAACACGAGGAUGUGGUCUCAGUUGUAGUCAAGCUGAGCACGCACACAAACAUAUAACUGAUGCAUUUCUUUUUGGAUAUAAGGAUAUUUAGAUUAAGUACAUUACUGUUGUGCAAGCUGUGAUUACUCUUAACUAUGCAGUGGUUGUACAGUCCACAAGCCAAUGGUGAAACAGAUUUAACCUGUACAGCAUCUUACAGCUUGAGAGCAAACAUGUCACGUGAUCAUCGUAAGAAUUGACAGUAAUAAGUAAUGUAGUGUGAUUCAUAAAAGUGCAGUAGUAGACUGCUGGUUUGUAGACAACGGCUGCCAUAAGUGAAUGUGCUGAAAAGUUUCAAUUUUGCCAAAAAUACCGGUAAUGUUAAGACUGUUAUCAUGAGUGAAUUUAUCCUAGGGUUUUCUUUGUAGUCAUAACUUGUGUCGAAUUCCUUUUAAAAUCAGGUGCAGAUACAUUGCCUUUGCAGAUUCGAUGCACUUGUAUGUUUUCUUCAAUUAGCUUCGGACACCAUACAAAUAAUUACAGCACUCUACUCGCAUUAUCGAAUUUGAGUACUUGCUGUAAAAACACAACAUGUUUGCAUAUUUCAUGUGGUUUUUACCCUACAGCAGUUUAUUAAGGCUCGGACUUAGUUCCCACAGUUCAAAGUAUAUAUGCUUCAGUGAUUUAUAAUUUAGGAUUCUUGUUUCAGGGGUUGUUAAGGCUAUUAUUUCUUUAACAGAUAAAUACGCGCAUGGUAUGCAAUAUCGCAAUGUGACAUUUAUAGGUUAGAAAACUAAACACACAUUUUAAUUCGAUCUUAUGUUUAUGAAUACAUGCACAACAUACUCUUUGAAUAAAGUACACAAAUUAA